AUGAGUGAAGACGAAGUGGUUUAUCAUUCCAACGUUUGUUUUAAAAGUAGUAUUAGACGUGUGCUGACAGAAAUAGCUGAAGAUUUCCAAAAAGAAAACAAACUUACUGCAUUGCAUUUAUUUAGAUUGCGUUGCAUGUGUGGAGCAACAUUUGACAGAGCUCUUGAGUUGUACGAGUCAAAAAAAGUAACUGAAUUCAAAGUUGAAUUGACACAACAUACGAUUAAAAAUAGAACUGCAUGUUGUUUUUAUGAAGUUAAAGGACAAAGUAGUGAAGUUUAUACAAUUUUCCCAAAUCUUAAUUUUUGUUCUUGUUUAUCUUUUGAGAAUCAAGUUCUGAAAGAACAUAGUACCUUUACUUGUAAACAUAUAUUAGCAGUUUGGUUAGCAUCACUUACGCAGACUAAUCUGAAUUAUCAAACUAUUCAAGAAUCUAAAUUUUGUGAAGUACUGCUAGGACGUGUUUUGUAUUAG